UCUGAUCCACGAACAUUUUCCCCCGCCAAGCUCAGGCUGGAGUGCUCUAAUCAGGAUGGAUCCCUGGAUCGAAAGGAGACUAAAGGGAGUCAUACAGUACGAAAGAGACGAACUCUGCGAUAUCCGUGACACCACGAGUGGAGAAGUCAAGAAGCAUACAGAUAACGAGAGUACCUUCUACGGAUUGUGGAACGGAUUGCUGGACGCAACUUUCCAUCGCAGCCUUGGGUACAAGCAUGUUAGCCAACCUGGAGUUGACGACUUGGCUCCAAGCACAUUGUCGCAGGCAGAAGCAAGGGAGCAAUUGCAACGUUAUUUUCGAAGAUCAGAGGGAGAUGUGGGGUAUCCACGACUGGAUGUUAUCUUUGGCAUCACAGCUUGGGGUUGGAAAUGGGAACUUUGGCAGCAUCGCACUGGCGCUACCAGAGGAAUGUUGCUGAAUGAGUAUGAAGAUUGUUUGGCUGAGGCCAGUGCGGAGAGCUUUGUCAGACUCAGGGACAGUGUGGAUAAGUCUCUUUCUCCCGUAUCUCAUAUCAGCACUGCUCCGGCGCCGGGGACUCCAUUGCCUAUUCGGGAGCCUGAUACACACAACACCCACGAAGCAAGGACCCCAGCUACCUUCAAAUUGUGGGCUUCCGAUGUGUUGCGCCAGAACUUAUCGUGUUGGAAUACGAAUCCCAUGAUUUAGGGAAGUAUCUUCUGGGACAGGAAAUAAAUCAUGAAUAUCAUCUCUAUGGUUGCUACGGAGGUAUCUUGGACGCUAUCUUUCCGCGGCUAUAUGGGAAAAGAGUCAUCCCACAAUGUGCACUUAGGCGCUACGGUUCGCGUCAUCCUCUCUACCCAGAUUUCACGGUUACUACUCGCCGUAAUGAGUCCGGACCACCCCUUAUUUUCUUUAUUGUUGAAAUCAAAGCGAAGACUACCGACAUGGCAAAAGCUGUCAAACAGCUCGAGGAAUACAUGCAGGACGCAGCAGAGCGCAAUACAACGACUGACGUAUUCUAUGGUCUCGCCGCGGCUGGAUUCGAGUGGCAAGUUUUUGAAUGCAAGAGGCGGGGUUAUGGAGUUACACGAGUUUUUGGGGAUGAUGAUUGCUUCUCAGAGGCAUCUUCAUUACAGUUUCUCCAACUUGUGGAAGCGGUAGACAGUGCGAUUGACAUAAACGCGUUC